CCGCCCAUUUGUGAUGAGCCGCGUCAUCACAAAUCUCAAACAAACAUGGCGCCGCGCAGCUCCUGCAGGGCUCUCCUGGCAGUUUCCCUGCUGGUUUUGGCGCUUUUAGCGGGACUUUUUGCGGCACACUCGGCUGUGCGGUGGCCCGCGGUGUCUCUGGCGAUCGCUGCCGCGCUGCUGCCGCUGUGGGGCCGCAGCCUGCGGCGGCGGGACGAGGGGACCUCCCGGCGGGUCUGCGUGCUGGUGCUGGGGGACAUCGGGCGCAGUCCUCGGAUGCAGUAUCACGCUUUAUCCCUGAGUAAACACGGGUACCAUGUGACCUUCGUGGGGUUUUCAGAAACCAAACCUCAUGGAGACGUGCUGAGUGAGGAGAAGAUCACCAUAGUGCCCAUCGCAGAGGUGAAAGGUGUCCGAGUCGGACCAAAAGUGGUCACGUAUGUGACGAAGGUGAUGGUUCAGUCCCUGCAGCUGCUGCGUGUCCUGCUGACGAUGGAGCUGCAGGAGCAUGUUCUGAUGCAGAAUCCUCCUGGGCUGCCCAGCAUCGCAGUGACCUGGUUCGUGUGUUUGCUGCGUGGCAGCAGAUUCAUCAUCGACUGGCACAACUACGGCUACACCAUCAUGGCGCUGAGCCACGGCCCGGCGCACCCCGUGGUCCGACUAGCAAAGUGGUACGAACACUUCUUCGGUCCUCUGGCGUCUCACAACCUGUGCGUCACCAACGCCAUGAAGGACGACUUGCAGAAAAACUGGAGCAUCAAGGCGACGACUCUGUACGACCGGCCGGCCUCCGUCUUCAGAGAGACUCCGCUGAGGCUGCAGCACGAGCUCUUCGUGAGGCUCGCCGCCGUUUAUCCUCAGUUCAGACACACGGGGUCUGAGGAGGCGGAGAGGACCAUCUUCUCAGUUCGUGACCUCGCUGACAGCACCGUGACCUUGAGGGCGGAGCGACCGGCGCUGCUGCUCAGCAGCACCAGCUGGACAGAGGACGAAGAUUUCUCCAUCCUGCUGACGGCCCUCGAAGAGUACGAAGGUUUCAUAAAGGGAGGAGCUUCCUUACCACCUUUACUCUGCGUGAUCACAGGUAAGGGUCCUCAGAAGGAACACUACAUGAAGCUCAUCGACUCCCUGCACCUGGAGCACGUGAAGAUCUGCACCCCCUGGCUGGAGGCUGAAGAUUACCCUCUGCUUUUAGGCUCAGCAGAUCUGGGUGUUUGUCUCCACAAGUCGUCCAGCGGUCUGGAUCUGCCCAUGAAGGUGGUGGACAUGUUUGGCUGCUGCCUCCCCGUCUGCGCCAUCCACUUCAACUGUUUGGAUGAGCUGGUGAAGCACGAGGAGAACGGGCUGAUCUUCAAAGACUCUGCAGAGCUCGCCGAGCAGCUGAAGGCUCUCCUGUCAGAUUUUCCCAGUUCAGACGGCAAACUGGGAACCUUCAGGAGGAACCUCCGCGCCAGCAGGGGACAGUGCUGGGAUGACAACUGGGACCAGAACGUCCUUCCUCUAAUCACUGCUCCGAGAUAACUUUGGCUGUAUUUAGAGAGCUAGACAGUGCUGCUGUUUUAAAACCAUUUCUUUUAUUCAUGAAAGUCUCGCUUUCUAAGCCCUACUGGGCACGUGCAGUAGACAUCACCAUGGAAACAAGCCUUUUUUUCCUCGUAUGCCGGGUGAGCACUUUUCAUGGAAUAAAGUAGGCCCAGCCUUUGAGUCCAGUAUCCAGUGAAUGCCUGGAUGAUAUGAGCUCCAGUUACAGCAGAGUGAGAGCGCAAAGGACCAAAACUGUUUGCUUGGGUGUUUUAUGAUAAAUGUACAUUUAAAAUUUAAAUGGAUCAGCGGGUGAAAAGACCGAAGUCUUCUGAGGUCUUCUUUUUAUUCCUGACGUUUUUCCUUCUUCACUUGAAUGUACAAA